UGGAGCACCAGUGAUUCUUACUUUUGUGCGCUUCAUGUUGUCCAUUGUUUCCCUGAGAUCCAUUUCAAAUUUUUUUAUUUUUUUCACUAUUCAUUCUUUUGUGCUUUCACAUUUCAUUGUUCUGUCCUCGAGUUCGCUAAUUCUUUCCUUUGCCUCUUCAUAUCUGCUGCUGUGUGUCCCAAGAAUAUUUUAAAUUUGACCAACAGUAUCUUUUAUUUCCAUAAGAUCUGUUAUUUUUUAAUUUACUCUUACAAGUUCUUCUUUAUGCUAUUCUAGGGUCUUCUUCAUAUCCUUUAUAUCCUGAGCCAUGACAUUGAUGUUUGUGUAUACUUUUUUGACUAAUUGCCUUUUAGUUAGACGUUUGUGUUGUCCAUAUCUUCUGGUUUCUUCAUAUGUUUUAUAAUUUUGUUGUUUUUGGCCUCUCGGAUUUGCUUAUCUUGAUAAGCUUCUUUUAUGAUAUGAAGGAUUAUUUGAACAUUUUAAUCUAUAAUUUGGCCUAGCUACAGCUUGGUGGAGUGUACUUUCCCUGCCCUACUAGCAGAUGGUGUUCUUGAGCCACCUCUUACCUUCAAACCAGUUCUUCCCUAACUUCAUCUCUGCACUGAGUGGGGGUCCAAACCAUGUCGAAAUCCAGUCAGUACACCAAUUUUCCAUGUGCGCUUGGGACUGCCAGCCUUCUGUGUGGGACUCUGCCCUGCGCAGUUUGGCAGGGAGUCCACUUCAGGACACAGUGGUCUUAGCCAUUACUGGGGGCUGUGGUGGGGCUACAGAGCUGCACCUGUCACCUUCCAGUUGAAGUCCUCCACAGUCCUCCUGCUGUGCGCCCCCAAGUCUCUGAGAUUGGGUGAGGACUCUUGACACUUCUUUGCGGCUCCCUUGCCUCUAGGCUGUGCACACUGUGAGCUUCUGUGGAGGAAGAGUGGAUGCUGUCACAAGUCUGCAGAAUCCUGAAUUUCCUCAGAGGAGCUCUUGGUGGUAGGGCGGUGAAGGGUUAUCUCCCCAGCCAACUGCAGAGAUGGAUGCAUGGGACUUGGAAAGCUGCCCCUUCUGCGCUUGUCUGCCUGCUCCAACCGCCAGUCCCUGGCACAGGAGUGCUUGGCUGUGGGUCUGCGAGGAGUUAUUCCCCCACCCCAGUGCUGAGGAGGGUAUGGAAGGCUGCUCCCUUCCAUGCUCAUCAGCCGGCUCCACCUGCCUGUUCCCCGGGCAGAACACUCACUGGUCUUAUAUACAGUCUCUUGGCUUCUCCAGCUACCCACUUCUUUGUGGUGUAAAAGUCCCUGCCCAGUCGGUGGAACCCUGGAACUGCUGUUCUAGAGCACUUUCUAUCCUUUUUCUAGUGUUUUUCAUGGCGGAGAAUUUUCCUGUCUCUCCUAAUUGGCCAUCUUCCUGGAAGUCCUGUUAGGGAUAUUUUUUUAAUCUCUCAAAUCUUUAUAAUGGUGUGUCCAUUGUUGAUUUGGUGUUUCAGGGUAUGGUGCUUUUUUUCUGUAACAGUUAAGCAAGGGUAAUACAGGUAAGAGAGGGAUAUAAUAGAGAAGUACUUUCACACUACUUUUUGCUAUGCAGGCAAAGUAGUAAGUUGAGGCCUUUUCCAAAUUGUACUUUAUAAGAUUGCAUGUAUUAAUCUUAACAAAUAGAAACAUUUUUAAUAGCCUCAUUAGUUAUCCCUUUGGAACUUUUUAUUUUUUAAAUUUAUUCAUUUAUUUUUGCAUACGUAAUAGAAUGUUCAUCCUAGAAAAAUCAGAAAAUGCAGCCAGUGGAAAAAAAUAUUCAGACCUUCACCCUUAAUCUCAUCAUGGGGAGCUCCCUGCGAAUGUUUUAGUAUCUAUCCUCUGGAGUAUUUUUCUUGUUGUUUUUCCACAUCUGUGGGUACAUUGUAGUCUGAUUUUAUUAAUUAGUGACAUGCCUUGACCAUGGUUCCUAUGGGCAUUUCUGUAAACAAAUAAAAGAGUGAAUUUUAAGUGUUUAGUUGUAAUCCUGUCUCAGAUUUCGGUCUGGGUUUUACUCCCUGAAAAUAUUUUUAAAUUAAAUUUCAUAGUUAAUUCAUCAGGAUAUAGUAUUGUACAAUUUUUCAAGGCCUUUAAGAGGAAAAAAUGACAUUCGUUUUUGCUGAGAAUAACCAGUUGUUGAGGGUGUGGCUUUCCCCUCCCCCUCUGUUUUAGGGGUUGCCAGGCACUUGUAACACCGUAUUGGCGCAGCUCCUGGUUCUGGUUUGUUUGGCCUCAGGGGACUGAUACCUGAACUUGAAUUAAGUACUUUGUAGUUGGCUCUUCAUUUUUUUAUAAGUUACGUUUUCAAAAUUUAGAUACAUUUUUUCAUGUAAAGUGAUGGCUACUGAAAAGCCAUGAGAAGAACCCUCGAAAUUAAAGAAACUAAUUAUAGAACAAGCUAGAAGUUUGUUUAAAUUCCAGAGUAUUUACUUAGUCUCUAAAAUCUUGUUAUUGCCACAAGAUUUUUUGAAGUUCCAAAGAGAGUUUAAGGAAACUUAAUGCUUUUUUAGUUUGAAUUUUCUAAAGUUUAUUUGGAGAAUUCUCUCUGGUAUUUGAAAUUAACAAGUCAAAGCCACUAAAAGACUUUCUUAGAAAAAUGAAAAGCCCAGACUCCCUUCAGAUGUGACCUUCUCUGUUCUCUGGCAGCCUGACAUUUGGGAGAGGUGGGUAGCCUCUGGCCUCCACAACAGCAAAGGCCAGGCAACCACCCUGGCGAGAAGCAAGUAUUUCAGGAAUUUAUACUGUGAUCUGCAGAAGUAAAAAAUCCAGAACUUUUCCAUUGUUUCUAUUGGAAGCAAAACCUAGAGUCCUGUUUGAAUACUAUGAGCAACUUAAAACCAAAAGAGGUUUUAUUUUUAUAAUUUGCCUCCAGGAUUACAGACAGCCCUUGAUGUCUUUAACUGCAUAAAAAGAGUUGGACUUAUGCCCAAGGGUAAAUAAAUAGGAGCAUAACAUUUUUUUACUAUAGGGCAAAAUUUCUAAAUUAUUUGAAUUACAAAAGAAAAAUACAGAAGGUGUGUAGCAUAUUACUUUCAUAGAAAUCAUUUUGCUGCUUCAGACUUCCUCAGUCACUGUGGACCGACGGCUCUAGGCCGCUGUUCUCCCCCUGGUCUCACCUAGGCCGGUAGGGAAAGCCACUCCUGACCAUCUGAUAAACACCUCCCCUGGGGAUGGUACUGUUGAUCCUGUGCCUUUCUGGAAGUCUUUCUGCUUGCAGUUUCGGAGGUGCAGUUCUCUUCAGCCGCAGGUUUACCAAGUCUCCUGUCCGUGACUUUGGAUGACCUCCUGGGCACCCAAGUCAUUAACUCAUUUCUUUUGUUUUAAACAUUCAUUGAGGGUAUUGAAGUGGACUUUUCAUUCUUUGUGGAAAACUUAGUUCUGUCUGUCCAUUUGCAGCUUCUCUCCUCUCUAAUCAUCACACCGACUGCAGAACUUCAAACCACCACCACAUGUGGAGCAGUGCUGAGGGCUGACUCCCCGACCUUUGACUGACUCCUUGUCACUGACUUGGGUAGCAUCAUUUUGUCCAGUGCUUAAGCUCACAGCUUUGCUCGUCCCCUUGAGCUUUCCUUACUGACAUGGUCUAUUCAAAAAGUUGGUGUUUUUCUUUUUUCUUAAUCCCAUAAAGAGGUCAUUUAACAUGAAGUGUUUGCUUUUUCUGCAGGUAAGGUUUUCUAUCUUGCUUUUGGAAUUCUCAUUUAUCUUUAUACCAGGUGUCCUGCAUGCUGACGUCAGUGUCAUGCAGAAAACACCCUUUCCUUGAAUAAAUUUACCAAGACGUAUACUGGAUUUAUAUACUUGGUGAAGUUCUCAAAUUUGACAGAAAUGCAGAUGGAAUUGUUGUGCAUUCCUUCCUUUAAAGAUGAAAUUGGAACCCAGAAAGUACCGCUAACAAAGCUGCUAGAACACAGUGGAAAGAGUAGUGAAUUGGAUGGCAAUAGAAGUCCCAGUUUGCUCCUAACUUGUGAGAUUUUUUGACAGUUCAUUUCAUAAAUAAAGCUCAGAGAGGUGUGUUAGUGAAGUUUGGGAAGCAGACUACAUGAUCUUUAAGGCUUGUCCUUCUGUAAAGUCUUGAGAUUCGUGUCUUGUGGUUUCUCUUAUCUUUUAAUUUAGCUGGUUAAUGUCAUUACUCCAUGUCUGUUCUAUUCUCUGAGCUUUAGUUUAGCUGAAUACUUUUGUUGAAGCUUUUCUUAACCUCGUAUGAAAGCAUGGUUCCAGCUUUCACACUUCCUGUGUGGCACACUGUCCUUUAGGACAGGAAGAAGAGUGAGAGUUAGCAAACAAGUGGUCAUGAAAGGAGGAGAUUGUAUAUGGUGGUGUCAUAUGACUGAGAAGAGGAAAUUUAAAAUGAAGGAUCAUCAGACCAUCAGAUACUAAGGAGAAACUUGAGGCAAUAAAGCCUGAAGAAACUUUGGAUUUUGUAAUUGAUGAGAUCAGUGGUAACCAUGGAAAAUGGAAUUCCAUUGGUAGUGGAGAGGAUGAAGUUGAAUUGUAGGCAUUAAGGAUGAAUGAGUGAUGAGGACCGGAUGGCAGCAGGUACAACCACGCUGGGCAGUAGGGGUAAUCCCUGUUCAGGGAAGCCCAUGUCUUGAUGACCUGUCAUGGUGCGAUUGUAGAACUCUCAUAGGUGGAAUCUUGAAUGGUUUGGAAUCAACUGUGUAUCCAAGUAAGAUGGUGAGUUCUCCAGACAGUGAUCAUAUAUAGCUGGUUUCUGUGCACUGAUUUAUACUUCGGAGUUGGAUAGCCCCUCAGUGAGGAGGCAACACUUAUAGUUACAGGGUCUAAAUUUAUCUCGCUAAAUGGGUGAGCCUUCUCUUUUGCAGUGAAUUUUUAGUGUAACUUGUGGAGGCCUUCUAGAACUUUGCCUUCUCUCUGCAGCCUGAACAUUAAGUGAAGCAUUCUCUAUAAUUUCCUAGGGCUUCUCCAGUUUAUUAGAGUAGUAGAAUAAAUCCAGGCCUAGGUCGAAUUAUUUAAUUAUUCAUGUCAUGCUUUGGGCAAUUUUGGUUUUGUAACUUGCGUUCCAGACACCAGAAAUAUAAAUGCUACACAUUGUCUUAAGAAGUAGUCAUUAUGGCUGUUGGAUUUCUCUGUAUGGUAGCUGUUUCAUAGAAAAUCCAGUUUUAUUGAUUUGAUUUGGUGGUGAAUCAUAUUUUCUCAGAUAGUUCUGUACUGUUGACUGAUAAUCAUUUCUGGUGUAAGAUAAAAUCAAAAUGGAACAGAAAACAUUGGCUGUAUUCCAAUUUCAUUGUUCCUUUACUAUAAAUACAGUGGGAGUCUUUUAUUGAUCUUAAAGAAAAACGGUAGAAGACGCUAGAGAUAGCAUUAUCAUCUUCCGGUGUCCAUUCUGCUCUAGAGCUAAUUUUGUCUUGUGACCUUGGGGCAGAUUACUUCACAUCUAGUACUUGGUGUCUCUUCUGUAGAAUGAGAGGCAUGGAUUGGACUUCAGAAUCUUUUUAGAGAAGUCUUAGGAAUACAGAGUGGUACAUUAAGUGGUAAGGGCAUCAGUCCUAAAACACAGGCAUGGUACAGGCCUGAGAAUUAGCACUCGAAAUUGGUUAUAAUAUCAGCAACUAAGUACAUAAAGAUGUUUUUUUCAUGAGAACCUUGAUGCAGUAGAUAACUAUUUUCCCUUCUGUUUCAUUCAAUUUCUUCAUCUUUAUGUGUGCAUUUCCUUUUCCUUAUAUACACACAGUUUUGUUCUGUCCUUCAUUAUAUUCUUUGUCAUUGUUUCCAUUUCACUUUCCUUGUGUUUCAUUCCUGUAUCUUUCUUGUUUAGACCAAGUGGAGCACCCAGCCGGCAGUAGCCGCCAUGUAGGACCCUGCAGGAAGCUGAUGGGAAGAAAAAAUCCCAAGAAAAUAAAAACAAAGGAAACAAACUGAAGACCAUAAACUGAAGUCAAGUGGGCCAGAUUCUUACCUCUGCAAAUAUGAGAGAUUCUGCAGAAGGUCCUAAAGAAGAGGAAGAGAAGCCUUCAGCUUCAGCUGUUGAACAGAUAGCCAUUCUUCAGGAAGUUGUUAGUCAGGAUGUGCUUCCAGAACUAGUAGUCUCUCCCCUUGCCUGUGAGCCACCGACAGAACCAGAUGAAAAGGUAGAAGCAGCACCUUGUGAGGUCAAUGAUUUGGAGGAAGAAGAGGAAGAAGGAGAUGAAGAUGAUGAGUUGGAAGAAGAGGGGGAGGAAGAAGCUGACGUGUCUAAUGAAGGUUCUGUGAAAGAGCUGGAAAUACGGUGUGAUGAGAAGCUAGAGGAUUUAUUAGAACCGAAAAAUAUUUCAAAAGAAAAUCUCGAAGACUCUCCGGAGGAAACAUCUGUUAUCAAAAUUCCUAAAACGAAAGAAGAACCCAAUGGUGAUGUAUUUGAAACAUUUAUGUUUCCAUGUCAGCAUUGUGAAAGGAAGUUUACAACCAAACAGGGGCUUGAACGUCACAUGCAUAUCCAUAUAUCUACAGUCAAUCAUGCUUUCAAAUGCAAAUACUGUGGGAAAGCAUUUGGCACACAGAUUAACAGGAGGAGGCAUGAGCGUCGACAUGAAGCAGGGUUAAAGCGAAAACCCAGCCUAACACUACAGCCAUCAGAAGAUCUAGCUGAUGGUAAAGUAUCUGGAGGUAAUGUUACUCCAAAAGAUGAGUUGAAUCCUCCCGAUCUUGGGCAAGACUGUCUGAUCUUGAAUUCAGAGAAAGCUUCCCAAGAAACAGUAAAUUCUUCUGUUGUGGAAGAGAAUGGGGAAGUUAAAGAACUUCAUCCAUGCAAAUAUUGUAAAAAGGUUUUUGGAACUCAUACCAACAUGAGACGGCAUCAGCGUAGAGUUCACGAACGUCAUCUGAUUCCCAAAGGUGUGCGGCGAAAAGGAGGUUUUCUCGAAGAGCCACAACCUCUAGCAGAACAGGCCCAGCCCACCCAGAAUGUCUAUGUACCAAGCAUAGAACCAGAAGAGGAAGGGGAGGCAGAUGACGUAUACAUCAUGGAUAUUUCUAGCAAUAUCUCUGAAAACUUAAAUUACUAUAUUGAUGGUAAAAUUCAGACUAACAACAGCACUAGUGAUUGUGAUGUGAUUGAGAUGGAAUCUACUCCGGCAGACCUGUAUGGUAUAAAUUGUCUGCUUACUCCAGUUACAGUGGAAAUUACUCAAAAUAUAAAGACCGCACAAGCCCCUCUAACAGAUGAUCUUUCUAAGGAGCCUUCCAGCAGCACCAACUGUGAGUCCAAAAAACGGAGAACUACUAGUCCUCCUUUAUUACCCAAAAUUAAAGCCGAAACAGAUUCUGAUCCCGUAGCACCCUCGUGUUCCUUAAGCCUGCCUCUUAGCAUAUCAGCUACAGAGGCAGUGACUUUUCAUAAAGAGAAAAGUGUUUACUUGUCAUCAAAGCUCAAACAACUUCUUCAAACCCAGGAUAAACUCCCUCCUCCUGCAGGCCUUUCAGCAACUGAAAUCCCUAGAUUAGGUCCUCCUCCCGUGUCCACCCCUGCAUCAGUGUUACCUGUGACCUCUAGUAGAUUUAAGCGGCGGACCAGCUCUCCUCCCAGUUCUCCACAACACAGUCCUGCCCUUCGAGACUUUGGAAAGCAAAGUGAUAGUAAAGCAGUGUGGACCGAUGCAGGUCUAAGUUCCAAAAAACCCAAAUUAGAAAGUCAUAGCAACUCACCAGCUUGGAGUUUGUCUGGGAGAGAUGAGAGAGAAACUUCUGUGAGCCCUCCAUGUUUUGAAGAAUAUAAAAUAUCUAAGGAGUGGGCAGCCAGUUCUACUUUUAGUAAUGUAUGCAACCAGCAGCCACUGGAUUUAUCCAGUGGUGUAAAACAGAAGACUGAGGGUAUAGGCAAGACUCUGGUCCAGUGGGAAUCUGUAUUAGACCUCAGCGUGCAUAAAAAGCCCUAUAGUGACUCUGAAGGCAAGGAAUUCAAAGAAAAUCACUCAGUGCAGCUAACCUGUAGUGCUAUAAAGAAAAAGAAACCAAACACCUGCAUGCUCCAGAAAGUUCUUCUCAGUGAAUACAAUGGCAUAGAUUUACCUAAAGAAAAUACUACAGAUGUGACUAGAAGCCCAAGUCCUUGUAAAUCUCUAGAUCCCCAACCAGAUCCUGAUCUUGGUCCUGACUCUAGUGUUACUGCCCCUACUAUUGAGUCCCCUCCUGAUGUUUCUCCUCCAUCACCUGCCCUGCAGGCAUCUUCCCUUUCUUCUGGUCAGCUGCCGCCUCUCUUGAUCCCAACAAAUCCCUCUUCCCCUCCACCCUGUCCUCCUGUGUUAACUGUUGCCACACCACCCCCUCCACUGCUUGCCACUAUUCCUUUACCUCUUCCAGUCUCCUCUUCCGAAGCAUCUCCUCUUCCAUGCCCUUCCCCACUCUCGAACGCUACUGCACAGUCUCCACUUCCAGUUCUUUCCCCUACAGUGUCUCCCUCUCCAUCUCCCAUACCUUCGGUGGAGCCUGUUAUGUCUGCUGCUUCACCUGGUCCUCCAACACUUUCCUCAUCGUCUUCCUCAUCGUCUUCCUCUUCAUUCUCUCCUUCAUCAUCAUCCUCUUCCCCUUCACCACCUCCUCUCUCUGCAGUAUCAUCCGUUGUUUCCUCUGGUGAUAAUCUGGAAGCUUCUCUCCCCAUCAUGUCUUUCAAACAGGAGGAAUUAGAGAAUGAAGAUCUGAAACCCAGGGAAGAGACCCAGUCUUCAGUUGAACAGGAUAUUGUUCAGGAAACAUUUAACAAAAAUUUUGUUUGCAAUGUCUGUGAAUCACCUUUUCUUUCCAUUAAAGAUCUAACCAAACAUUUAUCUAUCCAUGCUGAGGAAUGGCCCUUCAAAUGUGAAUUUUGUGUGCAGCUGUUUAAGGAUAAAGCUGAUUUGUCAGAACAUCGCUUUUUGCUUCAUGGAGUUGGGAAUAUCUUUGUUUGUUCAGUUUGUAAAAAAGAAUUUGCGUUUUUGUGCAAUUUGCAGCAGCACCAGCGUGAUCUCCACCCAGAUGAGGUGUGCACACACCAGGAGUUUGAAAGUGGGACCCUCAGGCCUCAGAACUUUACAGAUCCCAGCAAGGCCCAUGUAGCGCAUAUGCAGAGUUUGCUAGAAGAUCCUGUAGAAACCUCUAAAGAGGAAGAGGAGUUAAACGAUUCCUCUGAAGAACUCUACACGACCAUAAAAAUAAUGGCUUCUGGAAUAAAGACAAAAGAUCCAGAUGUUCGAUUGGGACUCAAUCAGCAUUACCCAAGCUUUAAACCACCCCCAUUUCAGUACCAUCACCGAAACCCCAUGGGUAUUGGGGUGACGGCCACAAAUUUCACCACACACAACAUCCCACAGACUUUUACUACUGCCAUUCGUUGCACAAAGUGUGGAAAAGGUGUUGACAACAUGCCUGAACUACACAAACAUAUCCUGGCAUGUGCUUCUGCUAGUGACAAGAAGAGGUACACCCCGAAGAAAAAUCCAGUACCUUUGAAACAAACUGUGCAACCCAAAAACGGUGUGGUGGUUUUAGAUAACUCGGGGAAAAAUGCCUUCAGGCGAAUGGGACAACCCAAAAGACUGAACUUUAGUGUUGAGCUCAGCAAAUUGUCAUCUAAUAAGCUCAAAUUGAAUGCAUUGAAGAAAAAAAAUCAGCUUGUACAAAAAGCAAUCCUUCAAAAAAACAAAUCUGCAAAGCAGAAGGCAGACUUAAAAAAUGCUUCUGAAUCAUCGUCUCACAUCUGCCCUUACUGUAGCAGAGAGUUCACUUACAUUGGAAGCCUGAAUAAACACGCCUCUUUCAGCUGUCCCAAAAAGCCUCUUUCUCCUUCCAAAAAAAAGGUUUCCUAUUCAUCCAAGAAAGGUGGCCACUCAUCACCUGCAAAUAGUGACAAAAGCAACAGCAACCACCGCAGACGGACAGCAGAUGCAGAGAUCAAAAUGCAAAGCAUGCAGACUCCUUUGGGCAAGACCAGAGCUCGCAGCUCAGGCCCGGCACAAGUCCCUUUGCCCUCUUCCUCCUUCAGGUCCAAGCAGAAUGUCAAAUUUGCAUCUUCGGUUAAGUCCAAAAAACCAAAUUCCUCUUCUUUAAGGAACUCCAGUCCCAUAAGAAUGGCCAGAAUAACUCACGUUGAGGGGAAAAAAACCAAAGCUGUGGCCAAGAAUCAUUCUGCUCAGCUCUCAAGUAAAGCAUCCCGGAACAUACAUGUGAGAGUACAGAAAAGUAAAGUUGUUUUACAGAGCAAAUCCACGUUGGCGAGUAAGAAAAGAACAGAGCGGUUCAACAUAAAGUCGCGAGAACGGAGUGGAGGGCCUAUCACCCGGAGCUUACAGCUAGCAGCUGCCGCAGACACGAGUGAAAGCAGGCGCGAGGACGGCAGUGCCAAGCAGGAGCUGAAGGACUUCAGCUACAGUCUCCGCCUGGCGUCCCGAUGCUCCCCACCCGCAGCCCCGUAUGUCACCAGGCAGUGUCGGAAGGUCAAGGCCUCGGGGGCAGCCCAGUGCCAAGGACCCUUCUUCAAAGAAUAGCUACUUCACCUGCUCUCUGACAGCACCGGAAGUGACCUGGGACCAGUGAAGCCAAAGGGAUUGGCCAUCCGCCCUUCACGGAGUCCUGCCCUCUUCCAGUCCUGUGAGCCUGAGCGAGAAAGGGAGGGAGUGUGUGUGUGUGUGCACACGCGCGUGUGCAUGUGUGGUGGUCUUCAAAGAGGGGCCCCGAACCCCAGGGAGGUGGGUAGGCAGCUGAUUCCACGCUGCCCUCUGGGACGAUGCUGGGGGCAGCCCCUGGGAUGCAGUCUGCAGCUCAACCUUUGUGUUGGGGUGUGGCCUCUCCUACUAUGCAAUUUUUCAAGAGCCCCUUAAUCCUGCUUUUGGCUUCUGGAGUUGUCUUUCGCCGUGGCGGGGACUUGGGUCUGACCUGCAGAAGGCCUGCAGGAGGAGGCCAAGUCUCCCCUCGUUACCACCCACAACCCAGCCUCCCUCUCCCCACACCUCUCUGGGAAUCAGUAGCAGAGAGCAGGCUGGAGCCUUGCCGGAACAUUCCCGGGCCUCGGCCCUUGGAAAACCACCCUUGCCUAAGCAACUUGAGCUGCUGGCUCUUGAGACAUUUCCAGAGUUGAAAUUUGAGUCAGUCCAUUGCUCUAGAGCCUCAGCAGAGAGCCCCAAAGCAGGUGCAUCUCAGAGAACGACCUGUCCCCAUUUAUAGAUCUGCUUCCUCCAUGGGAGAGAUGGGGAGGGUGGCAGUGGGGGUGGGGGCACAGGGGACGUCUCCACACCUUUCUCUGCCUCGCGUGGUGGGACCACCUUUAGCAUCUGAGCUUCUCUAAUUAGCAGCAAAGGGAAACGAAAGGCAAAAAAUUGGAGGAUUUAAAAGCAAAGGGGGAAGAAGAAAAGAUUUUCAGACUCGAUUUUCAGAGGACAUAAAUCGCCAGGGAAUGAUGGGGUUGCCUCCCGCUCUUGGGUGAAACAGUCCAUGUCUCGGAGAAACGGGUGAGCUGAGCUAGGAGUUUGGAUCCAGUUCAGUGAAGUUCUUGGGUUUUGUGCCUUUGGGGCAGACCCCAGAAAAGGAUGAAUGAGACCGCUUGGUGCCAUUUUCUCGGCUCCCAUUUUUAACAGUGAUGAUAAAACCCAAAGUGGAAGGCAGAGCUUUGAAGAGUAUGGGUCAUCACAAAAUAAAGGGAUUUUUUUUCAGGGCUACUACGGUUGAUCUUGCAAGUCUAUAAAUAUGUACAUAGAAGCUUUUGAAAGCACGUAUUUAUGCCCCUGACUGUAAAUGCCCCAUUUGUAAAGUUUUAUAACGUGUGUUAUUUAAUUAAAAGACUGGCUGCAACAUGGGGUCCAAUAUUGGUCCAGGAGAAGGGUCUCACGAGACCCUCACAUGGGCAGAAAAAUGCUGAUCAUUGGCCUUUGUCCCUGUUUCCAUAUUUCCCACCCAGCCAAAUGGCUGUUUGUUUUUCAUUUCCCCAAACUGGAAUCCUUUUGCUCUCUGCCAAAAUGAACCCUCACAAGCAUGAACAAUUGUGGCUGCUCCUUAUUCUAACAAUGAAAGAUUUUGUCCCUAAGUGUUAGUGCUCAUGAUCCGUACCCCGACCUGUCAGUUCUCGAGGAAAAGGUCACAAACCCAAAGACUUGAAAGUCACCUUCAGCCAGUGCUGAAUUCCAGAAAAUGCCAUUGGGGGCUUGGCGGAUACUCAUUUUUGCAGGUGCAAAAUGUGCUUCACCCUUCAACUCUUCUCGAACUGUCACAAGAAUCGAUACGAGUGUUCCAAUAAUGAAAGCGUGCACGUGUGUGGGAGGGUAGUUUUAUAAUGGUCUUUGAGCGUGGGUUUGGAUCCCAGAAGAUGACAGUUCUGUAUCUGCCAUGUGAAGAAAAUUAACAAUAAAAGUGUGAA